CAAACCGCCUCCACCCAACGCCACCAUCACUACCAAGCACCACUGUGCCCGAUCUCAUUCUCUGGCCUCACCGGGCUCACGAAGCUACACUUUAAAGUAUUUAAACUCGGCAAAAACCAUCCUACACACACACACACACACAGUGCCUCUAUUAUACUGCUCAACUUCUAAAAGUGGAAGCAACGAUGGCGCCUUCAGUCCUGCAGAAUGGUGGAUUCGUUUCGGGUUUGGUCGGCGCUGCGGCCCUCAUCGCAGCGACUGCCAUGAACAAUUGGAGCGUCAAGGACCGGCAGGGGGAUGUUGUGACAUCCGUUUACACCUACAAGGGUCUGUGGCGGGACUGUGAGACCACUUCCUCCGGACUCACCGAGUGCCGCCCGCUCUACGGCCUCCUGGGCUUCUCAGGUGUGUUCCAGGCCGUGCGAGCCCUGAUGAUCGUGGGCGUGGUGCUGGCCGUCCUGGCAGCGGUGAUAUCAGUUUUCUCCCUGACCUGCCUCACUAUGAACAGCAUGGCAGACACCACCAAGGCCAAGAUGAGCCUGACCGCCGGCAUCAUGUUCAUCAUCGGCGGUGUGUGUGGCAUCGCAGGAGCUUCUAUCUACGCCAAUCAGAUCGUAGCCAGUUUCAGGAUGUCCAACAACCUGAACUACGGAGGAGGAGGAGGAGGAUUCGGGGGCAACAUGCAGGGAGGGCUGGGAGGAGAAAUGGGUGGAGGGAUGCCCAGGUACACAUUUGGCCCUGCACUGUUCGUGGCCUGGAUAGGAGGGGGCGUCCUGCUCAUUGGGGGUGUCCUCAAGUCACUGGCUUUCAGGGGGAUGCUGAAAGAGGAUAAAUCCCAUUACCCGGGGGUCGUUUACAAACCUCAGUCCCGCACCAGGACCGAUCAGCAUUCAGAGGACGGCAAGAAAGACAAGAAUUACGUGUAACUUCAACGCACAGCUGUGUGUACAAUUUGUUUGCUAAGGUGCGUGCGGUUAGAUGUUCACGUGCAGCGUUGUUUCUUGCUUCAGUUGCCUCGUGAUGAGAGUUAACAUUCUCACAUUGUAUCAGGAGUCCAACAUGUGUACUCACAUGCUCAUUUCCAUGGUUACCAGAUUUACAUAAAUCCUGUAAUUGAAGCUUUUUUUAUUUUUUACUUGAGUUGAAUCAUUAAAUUAUGUUAUUAAAAUACUAAUUUGUGAAACAGUUGGUUUGAAUUAUUAGAAUAUAACCAAUCAAUAAACAAAGCUCAUAAUUAA